CCUACUGUCUUAUUCCAGGGCGGUUUUAGGUGAAAUCCAAGGGAUCCACGCGCCCCACAUCUCCAACAGAAUCCCUGCAUGCCGUGAAGUCUCGCUCAUUGCCUUCCUGGACAUGUCAUGUCCUACGAAAGGUCUGUGCACGUAGCAGGUCUGUCUCAUUCCAGCCCCUUUUCCCGCGGAUUUACUCAACCUCAUUACCCCAGAUUCCCUUUCUACCCCCAUAUUUUCCACUAAAUGUGAUCCACCGAUGAAUCCACAAACCCGACAGCAGUAGGACAGCCUACAGUAGAACGAUGAGUAACCAGUUACGAACCGACUCCGCGACGACGCCGGACCGCGAGAAUAAUCCCGAUCCGGUCUUGACAUACCUACAGCUUUACGCCGACCUAACAUACAAUGUCCUCAUCUGCUGUAGACCCGAAUGCCGACACGCUAUUUCACCAGACGGAGCCCAGGUUACUGCACACUUAUGGAACAAGCAUAGUGUCCCUUUAGCGGAUCGCUUAGGACUUCCAGAACAUAUACGCGAUCACUACUCUUCGGUAUUCCAAAAUCCCUCAGACGCAGCUCUGCCGCCCUGUGGUUCCAAACCCCAUCCGGAAGUCCAGACCUACGAUGGCUUCAGCUGCCGCAAGUGCGUCUUCUUCACCAUGAGCUUCCACGAGCUUACAAGGCACCUCUCUCAUAACCACCUCGACGGGCAAACGGCGACCCGACCACGGAUCGGCCUACUCUACGACGAUGUCUACCUGCAGUCCUGGGGGGCCGGGCCGAAUCGACGAUAUUGGAGUGUUACAGAUAGGAAGGGAGGUACGGUUCGUCCAGUGCCUGGCCGCCUAGCGGAACAGAACCCUCUCGAGACACCCAAACGACCUACUUUCUCGGACUACGAUUCGGCACGGAAAGAUCCAAACGACAGACGGACUGCUAUCUCACAGAGCAAGCCAUGGCUAGAUCGGACGGGCUGGCCGGAGAUCUUCGAG